AGUUGUCAAAAGAAACUUGAAAGCAGCUGUGCUUGUUAGUACGUGUGUUUUCGUUUGAUAUGAUUUUAUCAAAAAUGGCAGAGUAAAACGGUAUCCACAACAUUCAUAGAUGCGAGAAACGAAUUUAACAUGUCCAGCCGCCGUUCUUUACUCGGAUCGGCAUUGGACGCUCUUCCAGCUCCCACAGACCCGCUUCGGGAGUUGUUCGAGGCUUGUAAAACGGGAGACGCAGCUCGAGUGAAGAAGCUUAUAACACCUCAAACAGUUAAUGCUAGAGACACAGCUGGUCGUAAAUCUACACCUCUGCACUUCGCUGCAGGCUAUGGUCGUAGAGAAGUUGUGGAGCUGCUGAUAGCCGGUGGCGCGGCCCUUCAAGCUCGUGAUGAGGGUGGCCUGCAGCCCUUGCACAAUGCUUGUUCCUUUGGACACGCCGAUGUAGUGAGAGCCCUAUUGACAGCAGGUGCGCCCCCAGCGGCCCGCGAUAACUGGGGCUAUACACCGCUGCACGAGGCUGCUGCCAAGGGGAAGGUUGACGUGUGUAUAGCUCUACUCCAGCAUGGAGCAGACCCAAAUAUACGAAACACAGAAGGAAAGACUCCUCUGGAUCUCGCUGAUGCUGCCACUAGACCUGUACUCACGGGUGAGUACUGUGCGGCGGAUGUGCUGGAGGCUGCGAGAGCGGGCGCGGAUGACAGGCUGGCGGCCCUGCUGACGCCCCUCAAUGUGAACGUACACGCGGGAGAUGGGCGAAGAUCAACGCCCCUCCAUCUAGCGGCCGGGUACAACCGGGCGAGGGCGGUGAGGCUGUUGCUGCAACGUGGUGCCGAUGUGCACGCGAAGGAUAAGGGAGGUCUAGUGCCACUUCACAACGCUUGCUCCUAUGGCCACUACGAGGUUACAGAACUGCUUGUGCGAGCUGGGGCUGACGUCAACGCAACCGACCUUUGGGCCUUUACACCCUUACACGAAGCAGCCAGCAAGGCGAGGCUUGAGGUGUGUUCGUUACUGCUGAGCGAGGGAGCGGACCCAACUCUACUGAACUGCCACGGGAAGUCAGCCCUCGAUGUGGCACCAACACGAGAGCUGCAAGAGAGACUGGCCUUCGAGUAUCGAGGCAAUUGUCUUCUAGAAGCGUGCCGCCUUGCAGAACCGGCUAGAGUGAAGAAGCAGUUGACCGUAACCAACCAACAGCAGAUGCAGUGUGGGCAAGUUGCGGGCGAACCGGGCGUAAGUGCGGAGUGCGUGGAGGCGCUGGUGAACUUCGCACAGGCGGUCAGCGGCGACCGUCCGCUGCACUGCGCCGCCGCUAGCCUCUACCCUAAGCGCAAGCAGGUGAUGGAAAUACUGAUAAGGAAGGGCGCGAGAGUGAACGAGAAGAACAAAGAAGGGCAGACCCCCCUCCACGUGGCGACGGAGCACGCGCAUCUGGACGCCAUGGACUUGCUGUUGCGACACGGUGAGGGCGAUUUAGAUUUGUUAUUUAUUUCAUUUAAAGUUACAGUUUCAGCCCAUGUACCUUCCACUACUGGGCACGGGCCUCCUCUAAUUUCUGAGAGGGUUAUAGGGCAAGGAAGUGUCCGCCGCGCUGCCCCAAUGAGUGUUAGGGAAACUCACAUCUCUUGAAAUAAUUUGUGGUUAAUCAGCACUUAACAUUGUUAACAAUUUCAUUGCCAGGUUGCUGUAGCCACUUGACAUUAGGAAGGGUAUAAGCUGUUUUUUUUUAUAGAAUAAAGUUGACAAACGUGCAUACAGUCCACCUGAUGGUAAGUGGAUGCUGUGGCCAAAAGACAUCUACAUUUAUCUCCGAUUAAGAAUCAAAAUGCAAAUGCGUUGUUACGCUCGAGGACUGAUAUGGAAUGCCUCGUUCCCAAUAAAAAGGGUCUCCGGUUCUCUACACUCACCAUACGAAACACAACAGCAUUGAGAGGAACUUAUAGAUUUCGGUCUGAUUUUGAGAAUGCCAGUUUUCAUCAGAUCUCUAUGUUUUGAGUUUCCUAGGAAGCUGUUCAUGUAUUUAUGUAUGUAUGUAUGAAUGUAAAUAAAAUUUUGUCGUACGAUAUCUUUAGAACGAACCUACCGAUCGAGAUGGGCGACACGGCGUUCGAAAAUGUUCAUUGAGACUUCGAGAUGAUUAGAUUUUCAAGUCAAUCGGUCGAGCCGUACCAGAUUU